CUUAAUCUGAAUAGUUUUAGAGAACUAAGGCCAGUCCUUCACUGGUUUUCUGAGUGUGUUUACUGAUUUAAAUAGGAUAUGUGUGUGCCUGAUAAUCGCCUUACAUAUAAGACUGAUGCCCCAAUUGUGUAUAAUGUGUAGUGUUUGGUAUUUUUGUUUUCCUAAUAAGCUUUUCCCUUGUUCUGGGAAUUAUAAUAAAAUCCUUUCCUAUUUAGCCCAAUUAAGUGUGUUAAGGGAGGGCCUCUAUGAAAAGGCCGUUCUUUGAGGUCUCUCAGUGGAACUGAUUGGUCCUGAGAAAUCUCAGUGGCUCAUAAAACAGUUCAUAAUUAUUGAAGGCUUAUAAUGAAGGCUGUCUGAAUUUCUUCCUCCAAAAUGCUAAGGAAUAAUUUAGGCAACAAUUCAGACUCUAAAAAUGAAGAUGGCUCAGUCUUUUCACAGACUGAACACACUAUUGUUGCGACUUACUUGAUCGUGGCAGGUAUGAUAAGUAUUCUCAGCAACAUAAUAGUUCUGGGCAUCUUCAUUAAGUACAAGGAACUUCGCACACCCACAAAUGCAAUUAUUAUUAACCUGGCUGUUACUGAUAUAGGGGUCAGUAGCAUUGGCUAUCCCAUGUCUGCUGCCUCAGAUCUAUAUGGAAGCUGGAAAUUUGGAUAUGCAGGCUGCCAGAUUUAUGCUGGAUUGAAUAUCUUUUUUGGAAUGGCAAGCAUUGGAUUGCUCAUGGUGGUGGCUGUGGAUCGGUAUCUGACCAUCUGCCGCCCUGACAUAGGGAGAAGAAUGACCACCAACACUUACAUCGGCAUGAUUCUGGGGGCCUGGGUCAAUGGCCUGUUUUGGGCUUUGAUGCCUAUCAUAGGGUGGGCUAGUUAUGCCUCAGAUCCUACUGGGGCUACCUGUACCAUAAACUGGCGGAAAAAUGAUGCGUCUUUUGUGUCUUACACGAUGACAGUUAUUGCAGUAAAUUUCGUUGUGCCCUUGAUGGUGAUGUUUUACUGCUAUUACCAUGUCACUCAAGCCAUUAAGCGUCACACUGCCACCAACUGCACUGAGUCCCUCAACAGAGACUGGUCAGAUCAGGUAGAUGUAACAAAGAUGUCUGUGAUAAUGAUAUGCAUGUUUCUGGUGGCGUGGUCCCCUUACUCCAUCGUAUGCUUAUGGGCUUCUUUUGGUGACCCAAAGAAGAUUCCUCCCUCAAUGGCCAUCAUUGCUCCACUGUUUGCAAAAUCUUCUACAUUCUACAAUCCCUGUAUUUAUGUGGUUGCUAAUAAAAAAUUUCGGAGGGCAAUGUUUGCCAUGUUCAAAUGUCAGACUCACCAAGCAAUGUCUGUGACAAGUAUUUUACCAAUGGAUGUAUCUCAAAACCCACUGGCUUCUGGAAGAAUCUGAAAUGAGAGAAAAGCACAUCCAAUCGAAACAUUUUAUUUGCUUUGCUUUUGCAGUGUUUUAAUUUUAUUUUACAUAUGAGCCCAUUUAGAUCAAAUGCAGACGUAGAUUGUUGUCCUAUUGGGCUGUAAGUUUCUCCAGUGCAGUUUGUGGUUCUUCGUGUGUGCUGGUUGCUGUAGUGAGUGUUUCUCUAUUUCUUUCUUUGUAAACCUACUGUCAUCUCCUCUGAUGAAUCUAGGCACAGGAGGAGAAAGUCUCUCUCCUUUCUCCUUACCAUGGAACGCAUUACACUGUAUCAAUGGCCUGUAACUUGCCCGGGUCUUUCAUUAGACUAGAAGCUGCCACUAUUUUGUUAGAAUAAAUUAAUAAUAAUGAUAAUUAAAAAUCCUCAAUAAAUAAUCACUGGAAUGAGUUAUUGCAUUUCCCAGUUAGAAUAGAAAACAUUUUUAGCAUUUCAAAGGUUUUUUUUUUCUUUGAAACAAAAUCUCACUAUGUCGCCCUGGGUAGAGUGCUCUGGCAUCACAGCUCACAGCAACCUCCAACUCUUGGGCUCAAGCGAUUCUCUUGCCUCAGCCUCCCAAGUAGCUGGGACUACAGGCGCCCACCACAAUGUCCAGCUAUUUUUAGUUGCAGUUGUCAUUGUUUUUUUUCCAGCCCAGGCGUGGUUGGAACCCGCCAUCCUUGAUGUAUGUGGCUGGCUCCAUAACCACUGUGCUACAGGCAUUGAGCCUCAGAAUUUUUAAAUUUUAAAUUAAUUAUGAACUUAAAUUAUUUAACAAAAAUAAUCAAAUGAACAUUAAAUGUUUUUGCUUCUAAAUUACAUGUUAGUCGAUGCACAUUGUUCUUUUGUAUUUUUUGUUUGUUUUUUUUUAAGAUAGAAUAUCACUCUUUUGCCCUAGGUAGAGUGCCAUGGCAUCACAGCUCACAGCAACCUCAAACUCUUGGGCUUAAGUAAUCCUCUUGCCUUAGCCUUCUGAGUAGCUGGGACUAUAUGUGCCCACCAAAACACCUGGCUAAUUUUUCUAUUUUUAACAUAGGCAGAGUCUCACUCUUGCUUAGGCUGGUCUUGAAGUCUUGAGCUCAAGCAAUCCACCUACCUCCCAAAGUGGUAGGAUUACAGUCAUGAGCCACCACUCCUGGGCCAUGUUGGUAUUUCACAUAGCUCUAUGCAUGUUGUUAUGUACUCUGCAAGUUUAAUUACCGUUUUUCCACAUAUGUAUUUCUAUGUAUUUGCUCCUAGAAUUAAGUUCCCCAACAGUGGGCAUUUUUGUAUAUUCAUUCCCUGAUGUAUCCUUAGCAGGUAGUCUGGCAGGUAGAAAGCACUCAAUAAAUAUUUUCUGAAAGCUGAAUGAAUUUAUAGACUCACAUAUUUGUUAUUUUAAAUAACCAUUAAGUGUAGCAAUACAUACUGUUGUUAGAUAAUAGACAUUUAUUUAUUUAUUUAUUUUGCAGUUUUUUGCCAGGGCUGGGUUUGAACCCACCACCUCUGGCAUAUGGAGCCAGUGCCCUAC